AAUAGUGGAUUAUGAUACCUUUUUCCCCACAUCCUCAGAUUCCUUUACUGGAAAACCAAUCACCCACUCUAGCUCACUGAGACUAGGUUAGCACUGAAAUUAGAACACCUUACCUAGUCCUCUUGCUUGUCAAAAGCAAGUUUGCAUUCUCUCCUGUCAUCAUCAACCUCAGGAGUUGGAAAGGUGCUGUUGGGUCAGAUCACCGAGUCAGCAGAGUUGCUUCUCAAUGGUACACUCCCCCACUUCUGGGCCUCAAAAUGGACCAGACUGUGCUUCAUGCUCAAACCUUCUCCAAAAGAGACUACGUCUUCAAAAUAAACACAGAAACUGCUUCAUGUGCCUUCUUCUAGAUAUUUACAGUUUUAGUAAUGAGAGUUAGCAAAAGGUAAGGGAGGGAAAGCAUAGAAAUAUAUAGAAGAUAACCUCACAGAGACUAAAACUGUAAGUCCUGCUCUGAUUUCCAAUAGAACAGAGCCUUUAUUUAGAGAGCUAAUAAAAGAGGAGUGGAAAAGACUCUGAUCCCGAAUCUCUACCACCAGGCUGAAAGAGGGGCUCAUCUUCACUUGUGGCAAAGCUUUGUGGUUUUCUCUUCAAGAGUGUUAAUGGGAGAAUUGAGGAUUCCAGAAUGAUUUAGCCUAAGCAUGCAGCACCUAGAUCCUGAGCCUGCUUAAUGACAAUAUGAACAGAAACCAAAGAUACUGGACAAACUUUACGAAAAAUGGGUAUUCCAAGAGGAGGGAGGAGAAAAACAAUCAUGAUUCUCAGCCUAUAAUGUCCUCUAUUCUUCUGAGAAAUCAAUAGGAAUGAUAAAGUGCAAUAAUUCUAUUCUGAUAUCAUAAGGUGCCAAUCUCAGAGCAAACUUUGGCCUGUGUUAAUUCUGUCCAUCUUCACAUGAAACCCCUUGGAGGUUUAGAGUAUGUUCCCUAUACAAAUGGGAAAUGGAAACUUGAAUAUUUUCUCAAAGAGUAAACACUAAGGAGGCAAAGUUCAGUUUCCUCCAGAGAGAGACAGCUGCUACUGUAAUAUUCCACAUUCUGAUCAAAAUAAAGGAUUUAUGCCCAUUAGGGAAGUCUAGGCCAGCAAUAAACAACUGGGAUCAAUUAUAGCUGUUAGAAAUGCAGGACAAGUGCAAAUGCACUCUCUGAUAUGCAGCAGGGAGGUCCAUGGAGAAGAAGGCAUAGCCAGUGGAGGACAGAGCAAUGGAGAAGAUUUGGGUUGGUGAAUAUGAAGCAUCCAUGGAAGGGAAUAUAAUUCUAGAGCUUGAAAAAUGAAUGGAGAGGUUACUAUAUAUUACAUGAGAAUUUCUAUAGGCACUACUGGGCAAGCCACUACGGAAAAGACGUGAACUCUUGUUUUAUUCACUUUUUGAUGUGUUGACCAUCCUUAGUCUUUGCUUUCCUUGCAGAACCUGGAAGACCAUGGCAACCACUCCUGCUGCUGCCUUUCAGGUCCUUGUGAAUGGAGUGAGAAGCUGGAAUAUCCCCCCAGAGCCCCUCCCUUCUGAACUCCUUCUCAUUGGAGAAGCCACCUUCCCAGUGAUGGUGAAUGAGGAGGGCCGUGUGGUCAUUGCUGCCUCCUCCUUUGGCCAAGGCCGCCUCGUGGUGGUGGCCCAUGAGGAGUACCUGAUUCAUGCUCCCUUGGCUCCAUUUCUUGUCAAUGUUGUGUCCUGGCUCUGUCCCUCCCCUGAAGCCUCCAUUGGAGUGAACCCCUCCCUGGAAUCACUAGUAAAACUCUUGCAGGAUGCUGGGGUUAAGGCACGGGUUCAGUUGGAACCAGGCGAGUCCAUGGGGGUUUACUGCACCAAUGCCUAUGAUGACAGCAUGACUGAGAAGCUGAUCCAGUUUGUAAAACGAGGAGGGGGCCUGCUCAUCGGGGGUCAUGCCCAGAGUUGGGUUGAGAAGCAUGGCAGUGAUAAGGUGCUCUCUGAGUUCCCUGGAAACCGGGUGACAAGCGUGGCUGGCGUGUACUUCACAGACUCCAGUGUGGACAGAAGGCAGUGGGUUGUCUCUGAGACGGUGCCCACCAUCUCAUUCCAUGUCACGUGCGGGGAGAACUUCAGGCAGGAUCAGAAGCAGCUCCUGGAAGGCAUCACGGAACUGGACCUCGACAGAGGGGGAAUCCCCUCAUACCUGCUGGUGCACGGGCCCCUGGCCUUUCCCCUGGGGCUGGACAGCUCUCUAAACUGCUUUCUAGCAGCUGCCCGCUAUGGCCAUGGUCGUGUGGUGCUGUGUGGCCAUGAGAGCAUGGUAUUUGAAAGCAGCAUGGAAAAGUUUUUGAUCAACGCUGUACGCUGGCUGAAAGGGCAGCAGAAGGGGAAGGUUGGGGUGAGUCCACAAGUGAAAGCUUUGGGCAACUUGUUAACAAAACACGAGGUGGCGUGGACCAGCACCACCCUUCCAACCCGCGACUUGAGCGUCUACUGUUGUGCCUCACUCCACAACAUGAAUGUCAGGAAAGUGGAGGACUUUGUUGCAGAAGGUGGAGGGAUACUGAUAGGCAGCCGGGCCUGGUACUGGAGUUAUGAUAACCCAGAUUCCAACUAUAUGACUGAGUAUCCAAGUAACGGGUUCCUUAAACGUGUUGGUCUUGGCAUUUUAAUUGAGUCAGGCAAUAAAGGCUGCUUCCCAGUCCCUAAGCCAGAGAUGUUGAAUUACCACAUCCGAAAAGUUCUACCCCAAUUUGAAUCCAUGCUGUUCAACAAGGGAAAGGUGUUAGAGAAGACCUGGCUGGAGAAGCUAAAAAAAGAUAUCUCCAAUAUGUUUCAAAUUCCACACAAUGGGAUUCCCAUCUAUGAGUCCAUGCACCAAAUCAUCCUGAAAAUGAUCAAACAAAAGGGCUUGCCCACUGUGGAUAAAGGAAACCCCAUCAGCAGGGCCAGCCAUCAGGAUGGGGCCGAGAACUCUUCAAAUCUGGAAAAACAAUAG